AUUAUAAGAGUAAAUCUGAUCUCUGCAGUUUUUUUCCUUUCCGAUUUUCGUUUUGUUUACAAUUAGUAACCCUAAUUUCGUGGGGGAAAAAUAAUUUUGAUUAGGAAUAAGUGUCUGCAUCUAUGAAAAAAAUUGAUUUGUGACCCCAACUUUCUUCUUCGGUCAAAAAAAGAAACCUUACAAAAAUAGAAAGUAAUGGCGGGUCAAGCCCCCCAAAAAAAUGCUCUAGUUUUCUUUUUCGAUUUCGUGUGUUUCCCGCUAAAAUAAAACCCGCCAUGGAAGCUCAUGGAUCUUAACCGGGGACUCUGUCAAUGGCUGGAUGGUCGAUGAUGGUAGCAGACGAAGGUGACGCCGCCGCCGUCGAUUUCAGCAAAACUCCGAAGAAGAAUCUCGAACCUAACCACUCUCCCGAAGCCGUCGUCGUUACCUGCUCGGAUUUUGAGAACAGUAUCGACGAACUCGCCUCCUUGUUCCGAAGCUUACUCGAAUCGUUCCUCGUCGAGUUUUGCCCCGCGGAUAGUUUCCGACCUCUUCCUCCGAUGACCGGCGACGGGAGAGCCGUUGAUCUGUUUAAUCUUUUCCUCAGCGUGAGUCGCAGAGGCGAUGCCGUUUCGUGGGAGGAAGUUGCUCGAGAGUGUGGACUAGGGUUGAGUAACUCGGCUUCUGCGAAGUUGAUCUAUGUUAAGUAUCUCGACGCACUCGCUCGUUGGUUGAACAGAGUUGGUAACGGUAACGAUGAUGGUGAUACUAGCGUUGAGUUGUGUGGAGUCUCGGAUGGUUUGAUGGCUAGGCUUAAGGAUUUUUUAUGUGAGGUUAAGAGGAAGUAUGGUACUACUGCUUCGAGGGAGUUAGGAGCUGAGCUCAAAUGGUUCGUAUCAAAAACUAAGAGAGGUUAUGAUGAUGAUGAUGAUAAGAAGGUGGAGAAAGUUAUGAGCCUUGACUGCUCUUUUUCGCCUGGGAAGAGGAAACGGGAGUGUCCUUUAAAUACAUUGAAAUGGUUAAGCAAGGCUGCCAAGGAUCCAUGUGAUACUUGUUCUAUUGGUUCUUUGCCUGAUAGAUCAAAGUGGGAAGCUUAUGGAAGGGAAGAGCCGUGGAAGGAGCUUCUUCUGUUUAGGGCUUCAAGAACAAACACUGAUCCGUCUUGUCAAAAGAUUUGGCAGAAAAUCCAGAAGAUGCAUCCAUCUCUGUAUGAGGAUAGUACUGGACCUAGUUACAAUCUGAGAGAGAGACUCAGAUUUGAUGGGAGUGGCUCGGCUUCAGAUAGUUCAGAUGAGGAGGAUAGACCAUGUGCUCGAGUUGGCUCACAGUUUCAGGCUGAGGUACCUGAGUGGAUUGGCCUCAACACCGAAAGCGAUGCAAAGUGGUUGGGCCCUCGGGUCUGGCCGCUGAGCAAAGAACAAAGCAACAGUAAUCUUCUUAUCGAAAGAGAUCCGAUUGGGAAAGGAAGACAAGAUCCAUGCGGCUGCCAAAACCCAGAUUCUGUUCAAUGUGUCAGAUUCCAUAUCAACACAAAACGGGAGAAACUGAAACUUGAACUUGGUCCAGCUUUCUACAUGUGGUGUUUUGAUAGUAUGGGUGAAGGUACUCUGCAGUAUUGGACAGACUUAGAACUGAAGAAAGUAAAGCUUUUGAUGGCAUCUCCACCUACACUUAGCCCAUCUUUCUUCAGUGAGCUGAAGAGUAUCCUUUCUUCAAAGAGCAGAGAAGAGAUCGUGAGCUACUAUUACAACGUGUCCCUGUUGCAGUUUAUAGCAAAUCAGAGUAGAAUGACCCCUGGUGAGGUAGACAGUGAUACUGAUCAAUACUACAACCUUGCACCAGGGAGUGGAGAUCCAACAAUGGAAGCAAACACAUCUCAGAAACCUGUCCUGCUUACACCUAAGAAAAAAAGGGCGUCGAUAGAGAGGAGAGGUAGUACUAGUCCCAUUUUUGUCCAUUCCUCUUGCUGGAGGCAUAUAUUGUCAUUGAAACUGCUUUAAACUCGUUGGGGGAAGGGUUCAUCAAUCAGUCAAAUCAGCUCUGCAAAUUCUGGUUUUUAUUUUCUGAGGCAGAUACUGCCAUCUCUCCAUUAUUUUGAUGAUGCUACUGGAGUAUUCUUUUGUUUUUCUUUUGUGGUUGGCAUUGCUUAUAGGCUUUGUCAAAGCCUGAUGAGUACAGUAAAAUUUCGGAUUAGUUUGGUGAAUACAACAAAGGGAAAAUGUAAUUGCUAUUUGUUUGUUUCCAGUGGAAAAAAAAAUUAUGAAAGGACUUUGCGAUUUACCUAA